CACACACACACACGCACAGACGCAGUCUCAGAGUAUCAUUUAGCCACAUAGUAGCGGUCCACUCUCUCUCUCCUUCUUCCUCGCCCUCAACGCGUAUUUCAUUGGAACACGGCGCUAUAGGAUAAUACACGCGCUCCCGCGAUACAACACAUUUUGGAAACAUCUGCCGUCUUUUAUAUUUUCCUGCUGUUCCCCUCAUCUAUAACGCAAUCAGUCAUCUAAGAAUUCAGUUAGAAAAUUGAAAGUAAGGUUAAAUUUGUUCACUACCAAAAAUAUUUUAAAUAGAGGAGAAACGCGGGAUUCCGGUGCAUUUCCAUUCGUCAUGGCUUUGCUGCAGCGGGAGAGGAGGAGAGCUCCGUUCGUUUCUCUGUUGCUCGGCUUUAUCGGAGUCUGCUUGGCAUUCACACCUAAUAAGGCUGAAGAGGAGGAUUAUGAGGACGUUCCCAUAAAUAAAACCUGGGUUUUAUCACCUAAGGUCGACGAGAGCGACGUCACCUCCAUCCUAAAUAAAUUACUGCUGGGCUACGACAACAAACUGCGCCCGGACAUCGGAGUACGACCCACAGUGAUCGAAACUGCCGUUUAUGUGAACAGCAUCGGGCCUGUGGACCCUAUUAACAUGGAGUACACCAUUGACAUCUUCUUCGCUCAGACGUGGUACGACAGUCGCCUGAAGUUCAACAGCACCAUGAAACUGCUGAUGCUCAACAGCAACAUGGUGGGCAAGAUCUGGAUCCCGGACACCUUCUUCCGCAACUCCCGCAAGUCCGACGCCCACUGGAUCACCACACCCAAUCGGCUGCUGCGUCUCUGGAGCAAUGGGCGGGUCAUGUACACUCUAAGGUUGACUAUUAAUGCGGAAUGCUACCUAAAGCUGCAUAACUUUCCCAUGGAUGAACAUUCCUGCCCCCUGGAGUUCUCCAGCUAUGGCUACCCUAAAAAUGAGAUUAUGUACCGCUGGCAGCGUCGGUCCGUGGAGGUAGCAGAUCAGCGGUACUGGAGGCUCUACCAGUUUGCCUUUGUGGGACUGCGCAAUGCCACUGACGUCGCACACACACAGUCAGGUGAAUACGUCAUCAUGACCAUCUUCUUUGAGCUGAGCAGAAGGAUGGGCUAUUUCACCAUCCAGACCUACAUUCCCUGCAGCAUGAUCGUAGUGCUCUCCUGGGUCUCCUUUUGGAUUAACAAAGAUGCUGUGCCAGCAAGAACUUCACUCGGUAUCACCACGGUGCUCACCAUGACAACCCUGAGCACCAUCUCCAGGAAGUCGUUGCCAAAAGUGUCCUACGUGACGGCCAUGGAUCUCUUUGUGUCCGUCUGCUUCAUCUUCACCUUCGCAGCUCUCAUGGAGUACGGCACCCUCCACUACUUCACCAGCAACCGGCAGAGCAAGAAGGCCAAAUCCCAGCCCCCCAACAAAUCUAGCAUGAUGGACAUCAGGCCGGGCACAUCCCUGCUGCAGAUGAACAACAUCGUCCCGUACCAUGACGAUGACGACUUUGCCUACGAGUGUCUAGACGGGAAGGACUGCACCAGCUUCUUCUGUUGCUUUGACGACUGUCGCUCGGGGAGGUGGAGAGAGAACAGGAUGCAUGUGCACGUCUCCAAAAUCGACUCCUAUUCCAGAAUAUUCUUCCCCACCGCAUUCGGCCUCUUCAAUCUUGUCUACUGGGUCGGGUACCUGUACUUGUAAAGUAAAUUAUGCAAGUUUAGGAAAUUGUAGCAUAGUGUGAAUGUGUGUGAGAGAAAUGAAGGGAAAAUGUGAUGCUCUCUACAACAAUGUGGCACUACAAUAUACAAAUACACACACAAAAGAGUGUUAGGAAUAUUUGUAUUUGUUCUCAUAAAACUAUCAGGUAAAAGCCAAUUCAGAAUUGAAACCUGAAAUAAGGAGUGGGGAAGUUAACCUAUAUGUGUCUGAGAAAAGUGUGUGUGGCUGAGGGAAAGAUACUGUCAGCGUAUCAUGGAGCUAGGUUUAUACUCUGUCAAGUGGUAGGCUGCUGCGACCAGCCCACAAAAGCCUGAGGAAAGUAGAUGAUUUGAUUUGUAACAAAAAGGCACAAGAUCAUUUGAGCUGACUUUUCUUGUCAUUUUCACACUUUCACAGAAAUACUCAUUUCUCUGACACCCAUAUUUUUGAGGACUUUGAUUAUUCUAGAAAAUUAUGAAGCAUUAUGAGUAAUGGGUGCAAUAAUGCUAAUGGAAUUAUUUUUUUUAUUUCCACAACACAGUUUUUAUUGGGUUGUGGAGCUUGACAUUUAUGAUUGUCAAGUAGUUGUUUGCAUGUUUUAUCACAGAGUAUAAACCCUCAUUUAAGGUUACACUUUCUACAAUUGAAUUUAUUACUGAAUAGUUAUACAAUAAUUUUGCACUACUGCUGAGAUGACUUGCAAACUGUGUAUUUGCAGGCUAUGCAUGAAUGACAAACAUGCUAAUAUAAUGGGAAUUACCACAUAGUAUGUGUAAUUACCGUAUAGCUACAUUUUAUUACAUAGUAAUGCAGAGAAAGUGUAACCAUAGACAGCUUAUUCAAGGAAUGUGUGCUAUUUAUGAAGGAAGGAACUGCAGGGGGUUCACCUUGCUCUGUAGCAUUCUAAUGAAGAUAAUGUACUUUGAAAUGUGCAUUCUCUACAACAGUAAAGUUGGGAAAGUUAGAUGUUUGAAAGAACCUCAUUAUAAUCUCUAGCUGAAGGCCAGGAUUUAUUGCCUGGCAUGUAUUUCUACAGAGGCUUUUUGAAUCAGAUCAAAUGGAGCUUCUAUUCAUAAGAUCAGUGUUGACUUGACUCUCCAUAGGAUCCAUCAAGGUUCAAAAUCCCUGUGCAUAGCCCUUCUUCCUCCAGAUGCUGAUGGUGUGCAGUAGAACUAUUGAAAAGUCAAAAACUAGUAUACAUCGCACUCUGGAGGGUAUAUUUUGUUGAGUUUUUUGGCGUGAACGUUGACUCUUCAUAGGGUUUAACAGAUUUAGAAUCAGAUGACAGUGUUAAUGUUUUUCAAAAAUGUAAAAUUUUAUUUAUCAAGAAUACAGUUUCCCUCAAAGGUACUGGUUGACUUUUUUACAGUGAAUAAGAUACACUAUCAGAGCAUUUACAGACGAAUCUGCACCCUUUUUAAAGGCAGUUGUUUUCUUUCCUGCUUUUAUUUUGUUUGUUAGAUUGGCCAUCUGCAAAGGUGGCCAGGCCCUUUGUUUUUGUUUUCUUCAUGUACCAUACCCUCUCAAAAGCCCUUGAUGGGGGACAUGACCUCUGAGGUGUUUUUUUUUGUUUGUGUGUGUUUGUGUGUGGGGGGAUGGU